GGGCUGGGAUAAGGGGCAGGUGGCUUCCAGCGGCCCCAGAGGAAUUGAGGGGCUGGAGGCAUAGACACAGGAGCAAGUGCAAGAUAAUCGGUGCCUCCCUCCAUCCCCAGCCCCACAGCAAGGAGCAAAACCUCAGCGUGCCAUCCAAAAUCCAGGAGGAACAAACCUCAGCAGCAUCAGUUGGAGGUGCUGCUAGCCCAUUUCUUGGCAUCCAGAAUGUUUUAGCUUCUUCUGUUCUCAGCACAGUGAUGGAAAACUCAGCCUCUUCUAGUACUGGUUGCAGUCCAUCCAACAGUGACUUCUGUUCCAAAUAUGAAAUACAUACUGAUUCUGAAGAAAAAAACAGGGGUGGUGCUGGCAAAGAACACAUGGAAAAGGUUCUGGAAGAAUACCUGCAGAAAGGUAGAGAUGUGCAGAAGAGGCUGCAUGAAGCCACCAAGCUACAUGAGCAACAGAAAGCAAACUUAAGACUGAUUGGUGAUUUGCAGACCAAACUGAUGGAAGUGCAGUUGGAAAGAGAUGCACUUGAGGAUGCAAGACAAAAGGAAUCCCAAAGCCAAGAAAAUGUAAAAAUACAGCUGAAGAAUACUUGUCAAGAGCUAGAAGCUGUCAACCAGCUGCGGGAAGAGAUGCUGAGUGAGGCUGACAGACGAACUGAGCAACUGAAAAAGAUGUUACACAGCCAUAAGGAAGUAAUGCUGGAACUACGCAGCAUCUUAAAGGACUAUGAAGAGAGCACAGGCAAGAAACUCUGUGAAUACGGGAAUAUUACUAACCUACACAUCCACAACGUGAGCACAGCAUUUACUGAUGUCCUGGGAGAUUUAGACUCAGAGGCGUCACACCUCAAAGGAAAGGCUUCCCUGAUGGAAGAACAACUGGACUCAUUGAGAAAAGAUUCACAGGCCCAAAGCCCUCUUCUGUGUCGGCAACAUCAAAAUAGGGUUGAGCAGCUAAUGAGUGAGCAUGAACAGGAGGUGGCAGCACUUAAUGACAAAGCUAGCUGUGCACUCAGCUAUGAUAAUAUCCAAAGCCAGGUGGAGAUCAUUCAAGAACAAACAAGAACCCAAAAUUCAGUGCAUGCAUGUCAAGUUAGUCACCUGGAAUCUAUGGUUUCCCAGCUACACUCUGAAUUACAAGAAGUUAAGAGGAUGUAUGAAAACAAGCUUGAAGAUCUUGAGAAGCAGUUGCACCUGGCUCAUUCUGAGAAAGCAGAAGCUCAGACAGCACAGGAUAAAUGCAGCCAAGAAUCUGGAAAUCUGAAGGACCCGAUUCAUCAAUUCUUGGCUGAAUUUCAUAAAAAAAAAAGAAUAGAAUUAAGUCUAGAAAAAGAGUGGAACAAAUGGUUUUGGGAUUGGAACACAGACAACAGCAUUGCCAUUGACCAUCUGAGGAAAGAACUAGACACCAAAAACAAGGAAUUGCAGCGCAUGGAGAACACAGUGAGGGAAAUGAGGACUAAGCGUCACAGACAAAUGGAGUACCAGAUGGCUGCAAUCAAGGAAACAAAUGAAAGCUUUGGAAGAAUCUCUUCUUUGAGUGUCCAGCUGGAGUCAAAGCAAGAAACGCUCCGUAAAGUUAAAGAAGAUCUUACAGCCAAACAGAUCGAUGCAGAGACUGCUGAGAAAACAGUGUCAAAUCUGAGGGCCCAUCUGCAGGAGAGAGAAAGAGCCCUUGAGGCUGCUGAUAAGGAAAUCAAGAAGCUGCAUUCACAACUUGGCAGCAGGAUGGAGGAGUUCCAGCAUCUGAAGAACGAAGGGGGCUGUUUACACAAUGUGCAGUCAGAGUGUGAAACACUGAAACUACAGCUGUUGGAGAAGGAGAGGAUUAUUGAGAUCCUCCAAAAGCAAAUCAAUAAUGUGACCCAGGUUGUGAACCGGCACAGUCAAACUGCUGGGGCAAUGGAAGCUGAGAAAUUUCAUCUUGUAAAAGAAAUAAAUGACUGGAAACUUAAAGUAGAAGAACUUACGAUUGCAAAGGAUGGGAAAGAAGCCAGAAUCUAUGAAAUGGUGGCCAGACUAAGUGAGCUGGAACUGGAAAAGCUUAAACUGGUAAACACAUGCAGUGAGAGGCUCCAUGCACUUCAAGAUAUGAAACUGGAAAAAGCCCAGCUACUGAAUGAACUCCAAGCCAGUCGGAGCGAACUAACUGGCCUUGCAGCAGGAUUUGAACAUUUGAAGAGGGAUUACCAGGAUAAAACUAAGGAGAUGGAAAAUACUGCAAACCGACUGAAAAAACAGUUGAAAUCUGCACAAGGUGAACUGGAACAAACCAGGGCUGCUCUAAAGACUAUGGAGGGAUCCCAUGGCCAUGCUAUGAAAAUUGCAGUGGGAAUGCGGAAGAAGAUCACAGCCAAGAGAGGACAGAUAGAUGCAUUACAAAGCAAGAUUAAAUUCUUGGAAGAGGCAUUGACAAAUGCCGUUAAGGAGAAGGGUUACCUCAGAGAAGAAAACAGUCAACUAAGCCAAGAAUUGAGCUACAUUACAGCAGAAAAAAACAAGAUUGCUGGGGAACUGGAGAUUCUGAGGUCACGAGACAAACGUCUGAAAGCAAAAGUGUCUAAGAUGGAGAAAGCCAUUGACAAGGCAUGCCUGCAAUUUGCAGAAUGCCAGUGCAUAAUCCAGUGUCAGGAACAAGAAACCGUGCGCCUCAGACUGCAGCAUACUUUAGAUGUAAAGGAGCUGCAGGGACCAGGCUACUCAUUGGCUUCGGCUCCAGGCAGGCUGUGGCAGAGAUUGCCUCGUUCCCAUCUGCCCUCUGCUGCCAUGCCACCUUUCCAGAACUUGGCCAGCUCUGCCUCUUAUAUGCCUUCCAAGCCAGGCGUUUUGAAGGAAGAACCAUUGCAGGAUCUAAAGAGGAUUCUUCAAGAAUUAACAAGCUCAGACAGUGACGUACCCACUGUGGAUCCUGGCAAGAGUGAAAGCAAUGGUGGCAGAAAAUCACCUUUAGCAACCAUGAGGAACGCAUCGGAUCCUUCAUCCUUACACACUGCCGAUCUUCAGUUCCAAGACGUUACCUUGCCCUUUACAUCCCUUGGAGGUGCAUCCAUCUUCUCAGCCGCCACUUGUGUUGCAUCCUCCCCUAGGAAGGUCUCUAGAGAGGAGAGAUACCGAGAAAAGUCUCCAGUACACUUACUGUUAACCACGCCACCUGAUGCACUUGCAGCUGGCCCCACCGCCUCGCCAGAGCAUGGACCGUACACAAGGAAGGCUGGAUCUCCAGAGGGUGCAGCUACGGUCCCCCAGUUAACUUCUGAGCCCAUGGAAAUAAAUGAGAAUACAUCCAGGAGGCUACAGAACAAGGUGGAAAGCCUGCAAAUCCUCGUGGAAUUGUUACAGAUUAAAAAACAAGCCACAUCAUCAAUGAUCAGAACACAGGAAAUGAAGACAGAGAAAGCAAAGGCAAAGAAGAAAAUGUUACCGAAGUGAAGAUGUGUAUGCAUUAGUGAUUACUUUCACGAAUCCCUUGCAUUGAAAAUGAAAGGAUCAUUUUGGAUGGCUUUGCGUGUUACAGUUUGGAUUUGUUAUACAUAUUUGAAAGAUUUACCAAGGUUUUGUAAGAAAAGGUUGAGGUGAGAACACGCAUUCAUCCCGUAGCUCCACGGGCUGGAAAAGCCUUCAAACCAGACUCAGUCCUGAGCUCUGUAUUUGAACACCACCUUGCUCGGCUGGGAUUAUCAAUUAGAGCGCCCACCUACUACUGUCCUCCAGCAGGGUUCUUGGCAGACACUAAGGCUGAAAUUCCUGAGUCACUGCUCGCUAGUCAAGUGUUAGAAGCAGAGAUACUGGACAGAAGAGCAGUAAAAUGAGUCACGGCCCAAGAGCUCACAGGGUGCUGAGGACUGAGGUUCCUGUUCUGAAGCAAAAGCACAGAUCGUUGCAGAAGAGCCCCAGGACCCGAGUAAGUGUUGUUACACAAACUGAAGAAGCCAUGUUGAUUGCCUCAAGACAACGGGCCUGGCCAGCUUCCUCCUCACUGUGGAGUGUGUGCAUCAGGAUAUCCUCACCACAGGCAGCAGUCACCAAGCAGUUAAACUACUCUAGGUGAGAAAGGGGUCUCUGUUCCACUGCUUCGGCAGCCCUGGACAAUAGGUUCAAUGUGCUGCAGGAGGAGGCAUCUGCUUGUAAAAACUGUCCCUGCAGCCUGUCCACAUGAAAGGCCAGUAGACAGCGUCAGGGAAGGUUUAUAGUUCCAGAGAGAGAAUUCCUAUGCAAGAGUUUCUUCCAGGGAGAGAAUUCCCUUGCUGUAGUUAAAUUCCCCUUCAAAAAUGGAUUCUAACUACUUACUCUGUCACUUGCUUUUUGGAGAGAUGAUGAUGAAACAGAGCUAAGGACGCCGCUUUGGAGUGGGAAUCUAGAUGGA